UAGUCCGUAUUACGUCACGAAAUGACAGUGCAGUAUCGUUCUUACAUGGUACAGACGGAAAUCAAGUGACCAGUAUACUGCACUGCCAUUAACUGAAGUGUCGUUCACAACCUGAGAUUUUAAGGUUUUAUCCUAUACCCCCUUUCAUUUUUCCUUUACAGUCCCUUUAAACUUGAUUAACGACAAUUAGCCUCCACAGUAUCAGUCAAAGGUUUCAAAGGUACAGCUAGUGAAACGGACAUUGAUAUCUUUGCAUGGAGGAUCAUGAAAUUACGCUUUCAGUCCCCUAAAUAUAUUUCAGGAUAGAAAAAGUUACGACAGGUCUAUAUGGAUCUUCUCUUUGACAGACUUCUGACUGAUCUCAGCCGAUCUUUGUACACACUUUUUCUCUAUUCAUUAGUUAUCUCGAUUCUGAAGCUGAAAUUUUUUCCAACUCAACACUUUGAUAAAUAUAUUUAUCCAACACUAGUCCUUCCUACCUUCCUUGUUCUAGGAGUCAGCUUGUGCCGGACCUUUGUAGUUGUAGACACAACUAGAUCAACCAGACUUCAUCUUUUCAUUUCCAGCAUACUCCUCAUCAUCAUCAAUAUCAUUCCUCUCUUCAUCUUCAUUAUCUUCUUCAUUAGAGUUGGCAGAAGAAUAACAGAACAGUUUAUUGCCGCCUCUAGUCGUCGGUUAGCAAUCCUUGCUAUUUUACAUAUCAUUUUCAGUUUCCUGUACAAUGUUGUUUAUUCCUUUGUACUCUGUUCCUCGUGGGAUUGUCAUAAUGUAAACAAUACAGAACUUUCACCUCUUUAUCAGGAUGUUCGGGUUACAGUGAAACCAAUAUGGGGAACCACAACUACAAGCCAGCCUGAGGAAACCCCGUCCCCUCCCCCCUCCCUCAUCCCUAUCAUCAUAGCAGCAGAACUUUUCUCUCAAAUUCUUCUCUCCAGUCUUCCACUUGUUUAUCUUUUCUCCAUUUUUAGAAUUCUCAGAGAAGAGAAUCCGAACUCGAUAGAGACGGAUUAAUUAGAAGAGUUUAAGAACGAUUUAAACCAAAGAAAACGAUGUUAGGUACUUUCGAAAAGGGAUUUCCCAAGCAGCAACUUCCCAAGGGUAUUUCCCCAAGCGUUAACUUCCCAAAUGUGCUAUUUCCCAAAUGGAAGCUUUUAAAGUCUGUCCUAACAGCAGCGCUUGGACCCCUAUCCUGUUCUAGCCAUAGCGCUCGGCCUCGACCCCCAUUGCAGCCUGCGGCGACUCGAGAAGACCUAACAUAACCUUUUCGAUGUUGCCGCUUAUGAUAUUUCAUAUUUGGGAAGUUGCCACUAGAGAAAUUGUUCUUUGGGAAGUCGCCCUUAGAAAAAUUCCGUUAGGAAAUUCCCUAAUACCAAAAACGUAGCUGUUAGUUUUACAUUAUGUUGAAAAUUUAUUACGGUCAGGAUUGUAUUGACUUAGAAAGAUCAAUUAAAUUUUGAAUUUUGAAUUUUACGCCAAAACCAUGAUCCGCUAGAGGGUGGGGAAGGGGGGGUGGAAGGUAGAAAAUGUGUAAGCAAGAUUUCGAUUUUUAAUCUUUUUUUGGAGGGAAAUUUUUUUGAAUCUAUUCGAUUAGAUUAAAAAUCACACUAAAGGGCUAAAAGAUGCCUGGUCUUUCUUUUAUUUUUUCAAAAGGGGGGAUAAAGCCUAAAGUUUUCCCAAGGGAGGGACGUCCCCCCAUUACCCUCCCCCAUAAGCUCCUCUGUAUGCCACCGAAAACUGUCUUCAAAACAAUAUGAAAGUGUAAUUAUUAAGAUAUCAAACAUGUUUUUUAACAUAAAGGUGUUUCAUAGUGCACCAAAAUAAGAUCUGAUCGUAUUAAUCCAUGGAUUAUAUUAUUUUUGUUUCAGGAAAUAAAUUUUUUCUCAAAUACACAA